UCACUAGUUUCACUUCUUCUGUCAUUUGGUUGGAAACUUUGUUUGGUAUAAGGCGCUGUCGCUCUACGCACUAGUAAAAUAAAUGCAUGGAAAUAUUAUGUUGUGACCGGCUGACCGGUAUCCAGAUACCACAAGCUCAAGAUGGGUGCGUCAAUGGAAGUGGAGCCGUGCGUCAAAGGCUCCGUCGCGGGCCAUGUCUUGAUGGACGCCUUCGGUAUGGUCCAGGGCUUGUCCCAACUGGCUAAUUUACCUGACCCCCCAACAGACGCCAUUCAGGUGCUCCUCUCCAGCGUCCAAUUCGACCAAACUGACCAACCUGGGACAGCCAGUGGUCAUGUCUCAGAACAACUAAAUGGGAAACGUAAAACUCCGGAAAAAGGAAAGAAUAUUUGUGAACUUUGCUCUCGAACUUACGCCAAUAAAUGGGGUUUAAAAAGACACGUUGAAAAAGCACAUCCGGUUAAACGUAAAAGGCUCGUGGAGACUGAAGUUUUUGAAUGCGAAGAAUGUGAAUACAUGUGCGCCUCCCAUGCGGCACUUGAAACACAUUGGAAAAGGCAUAACUCUACAGAAAAAACAAAAUCUCCGAGAUCUAAGUGCGCUUUUUGCGACAAAGAAUGCAUAGCCAUUUACGAUCAUUACAUUACUAAACACAAGAUUGAAAGUCCCGAGCAAAUAAUGUUUGACAACGGGAAUGUACUGGUACAUUCUUCUAUAAACCCAGACAAAGGGAAGGCUCCGUGGUUUUUAAAAGAAAAAGAAAAAAUGAAUCGGUACACUGACGUCACCUGCCGAUUAUGCGAAGCGGAACCUUGGUUUGAAAAUCGAGAGAUUUUGGAAAGCCAUUAUGUGAUGAACCAUAUGGUUGACCCGAAUAUGUUAGAGAACCUUAAACACGUGUUUAGGGCAAAGAAGGGGGCUCAUUUGAUCCAUUUGCCUGCAUCGCAGCCCCCGAAGCGCAGGCAGUCCGAUAUAAGAACUCCAAUUAAAAAAAAAGUGUCUAUUGCAGGGAAUGAACAUAAGCAUGGCAGCAAAGUUAACUUUGAAAGAAAUGACCAAGCGAGCGAACCCAAACGGAGUGGUGGAUUUCCUUGUCAAGAAUGCAAUGAAGUGUACACCACGGAAGCGCUUUUAAAUAAACAUAGAAAUGAAAUUCAUGUUCCUAAAACAGAAAACAAGACAAAACAGAAAAAGUAUCAAUGCUGUUUCUGUAACAAAUAUAUUGUAGGCAUUUAUAAACACUACGGGAAAGUACACGACAUUGAUAAUCCUGAGCAAAUUCUGUUUAACAACGGAAACGUGCUAGUGCGUGCUGAUAUUGACACGAAAUGUGGUCAGGCCCCGUGGUUUAAAACUCAAAAAGAAAAGGCGGAGAAUAAAUACACGCCGAGCACUUGCAGAUUGUGUGAGGCUGAUUUUUCGGGCGCUGGCGUAAGCCUGGAUAGACAUUACUUAAAAGGACAUAAAGUUGAUCAGGAUGUGUUGAAAAGGCUUGAUAAUCUUCAGUGCAUGUUCAGAGCUGACAAUAGGGCGCAUUUGGCUGAUUUGCCCACCAGUACUACGAAGGCCAAGCCCCAGCGGAGAGCUUCAUCGUUCCAAAGCACAUCUCGCCCAGGAAACUUUGAAAUCAAACUCAAAUCUGGACCUAACGCUGAAUGUGAUUCGAAAGCAGGGGAGAGUGAGCAAAAUGUGACUGGACUGAUCAUAUAUCAGUGCGCGGAAUGCGGGGUAGCCGCGACCACUUGCGAUGCCUCCAUCGAGCACGCUCAGCUCCACCACUUUCCUCUCUACACGCCCAUACCACAGACCUGCUCCGUCUGCCAAUUCUCCUUCGAAGCUCAGUGCUUCGCUGAUCACACAUUGAACCAUCUCAAUAACAAUGAGUACAAAAUAGUAAAGUUCCAUCCUUCUAAAUUGCUGGACAAUUGGUCUGACAUGUUUGAAGGUUUGUCCGAAACUCACGCGGGCAGAAUUCAGUCUUCCAGUACUUAUCAGCACACUAGACGUGUUAAAAUGAACUCGAAUAUGGCUUCAGGAAUACCUCUGUAUCAAUGCGGCAAAUGUGAGCAGUAUGUUCGUCCGAAAGACGUUGAAGGGCACUGUUAUAAUAAUAUUUGUAUGGAAAAUCAGGAUCCAGGCCAUUUUUGCUCGGAGUGCGAGAUAUACUUCUUCACUUCCGUAGCUCUGACGGAACAUGAGAAAGACCAUAAAACUUAUGGACCCGAAUAUUUUAGAACAGUUACUUUCAACUGUAUGGAAGAUGAACUUAUAAACAGAGCUUUGCAAAACAUCCAAAAGAAGUCAAUUUCUAAGGAAUCUUCUCGAGAUAACACUGAAACACAGCAGAUGAAUAGAGGGAAGGAGAUUACAAUUCUCGAAAAUUCUGUGGUCAGUGUCUUUUGUGAUUAUUGUAAAAAAUCGAUCAUAUAUUCAGAGUUUGAGGCUCAUGCAGCCACUCACAAUCAAAGCGCAGAUAGUUCGCAAUGUGAAGAAAAUCAGAGAACCGAAGAAGAACCAAAUAGUGUAGAAUCUAACGUUACAAGUCAUAAUUCUGGAGAAGUUAUCCCUCAAACUGACGUUAACGAUGAAGAGAAUCAGGAGACCGAAGAAGCGUCACAAGAGCGAAAUAAUGUAGACUCUAACCUUGAUGGGCAUAAUUCUGGAGAAGUUACCCCUCAAACUGACGUAAACGAUACAGUGACCAACGGAGGAGGUACAGUGGAGCCAUGGAAUAGCGACACUGAGUCGUGCAGCCUCUUGGCCCCCGUGUCUUCCUUUGAUGUUCGUGUAGAAGUUCAUGUAGAGAAACAAGAAGAUAACGAUACCAAUAAUUAUGAACUCCAAGAUAUUUUAGAUGAAUUUAGUGAAGAAAUGGCAAAUGAUUUAAAACACGAUAUACAACUUCUGAGACUUAAGUUAUUCGGCAUGACUUAUAUACCAGAUGAAAACAUAAAUAAUGAAGAGUUGGUAGACGCGAAGAGUGAAUCAACGGAACAUGGAGAAACAAGUGACGAUAAUAAAGUUCAGAAUAUUAAUGAUAAAGAUAAAUUGAUUGAAACAACUGAAAAUGAAUUAAAUUCCAAUGAUACAACUAAUACUGCAAAUCAAAAUGCAAACGAUUCAAAUGAUGAUAAUGAUAUCAUCAUCGAAAUAAUUAAUGAUAGUGAUAGUGAUGAUGAAAUAGAAUUUCAAGCUGAACAUCGAAAAUCAGGUGCUAAGCCAUCGUCAAGGGACAUUUUAACUAGAAUGCUGUCCAGUCCGAAGAAAAAUGUUUAAUGGAUGUGUUAUUUGAUGUUAUACUGUGAUUACUUUUGGAUAAAGUGAUGCAAAAUUGUGGAAUUUGGAUUACAAAUGGCGCAAAGGGACAAAAAUAUGUAAACACGAGCUUUUUUCUCAAGUGAGUAAAGUGUUGACCUGUUUUUGUCCCUUUGGUAACGAAUAUAUAUUUAUGGCAUUGCUUGGCAGUAAGUACAUAUAUUUAUAAUGAAAAAAGUACUUAUACCUAGUGCCUUUAAAGUAUUUUUGUAAAAAAAUAUAUAACCGGAAGGUUUAUUUUAUACUUUAUACUCGUUAUGCAUAAGCGCUGGUGACCUAGCGGUAAGAGCGUGCGACUUACAAUCCGGAGGUCGCGGGUUCAAACCCCGGGUCG